AUGUACGGUUUCGUGGAAACAACAAUCCGCCCGAUUCGAUCGUCCAUCUUGCUGAUGCUCGCGAUGCUAGUGGUGCAGCUUUGCUCCGGCACGGUGACGGUCAUGUAUGAACGUGCAGAACAGCUCAUGGGAUACGAUUUAAUUGACUCCAGAAAUUUGCGCACCCGAAAGUACAACCGUACAACAUCCAUCUUAGACGGAACUUUUGAUGUUUUUCAAGACCUGGGUGACGAUUACUACUUCACAGUACAGUCGGCGUACAGUCGGUUGGGUAAUAAUCAGUUCAUAAAUUCACCCUUUCGAUUGCCGUUGCAAAAGAUGUGCCAGUUCCUGAACACCACCUAUCGAGACUAUCGGGAGUUUUACCGAAACAUAUCCAACUUUCCCGACGUCGGUACCUGCCCGGCGCUUGCAAAGCAGUAUUACAUCCGAAACCAUGUCCUGGAGGCAAGAUCAAUCAACAAAUACUUCCAGGCGGGAUUGUGGAAGAUCACAAUGAUUAUGUUUAAGAGCACCAAUUUGGAUCGGCCCAUCUACAAAAUAGAGCUUCUUUUCAGAGUGUCACGCGAAGGGUUGUUCUAA